AAGUAUUGGUGAAUGCAUCGGAUGAGUAGUUUGCUCUAAACGAUUAAAAUAAGGCACUUUUGCCUACCUCGUCAAAUAAUGAUUGACAAAUGUCAUUUUCCAAUUUUUUAAAGACACGAUUCAUUUCCAAUUUUAAUGAAUUUACAUUGAAGAGACAAAUAACUAUUGUGGACUUGUAUAGUCUGCUUUUAUAAUAAAGAACAUGUCGAAAAACGAUGUCGAUUUUGCAUUGAGCGAUUCAUCUUGGUCAUGCUCAGAUCUUCAAACGAACAUUAUCAAACUAGAACCUAAAGUUACGAAAAGGAAGAAACGUGUACCAUGCUCGAAAUUCAUGAAGAAAAUAGAAACGUUACAAGAAAUCGAAGAGAAAUGCCAGUCGUACUUUCACAGGCAUUUGGACAACAUCUGGCAAAACUUGAUCCUGACAGAGAGGCAUGCCGCUUUGCUAUACCAAGCGGCACAGACGUUAAGUGAACGCAUUUCAAGCUCAUUUUUCUUCGUCUACUUAGUAGAAGAUGACAAAUUGGUCAAUUACCAGAAAACGCUCGAUGGCAACAUUGUGCGUGGUGAAGAAGAAGAGAUAAACAAGCUGAGUUUGGCUGGUUCAGUGGCCGAAAAGAAAAUGAGUCUACUUAUUGAAGAUACGGAGAAUUACAGGGGUUAUUUAGAAAGUCUUGAUUUCAAAGUUGACGAGAUUAAAUCAAUUAUCUGCGUGCCAAUAUGCGAUCCGACGGAGGUGUGUUUAGCUGUUUUAGAGUUUUUUAGAAUCGGUGUCAGCACGCCUUUCACAUCCGAAGACAGAGCUUACAUUGUAGCUAACGCCGGCUGGAUUGGUGCAGCGAUCCAUCAGAGCGUUUACAACCAAGAAAUUUUAGAACAAGAACGCAUGAAGUCGAAACUGAUGAAUUACACGCAAAAAUAUUUUUCUGGUGAAAGAAUGGCGAUUGAAACUUUACAGAAUAUGGGAAUUACCCUCAAGAGCACUAUCACGGCAAACAAACUGACAAUCUAUGCGAUUGACAAGUCUUGGGGCGAACCAUUAGUAUGGAUUUACAGAGAAGGAUAUUGCGUUGAUCAUACAGAACUGGUAAGAAAGAAUUUACCAAUGACAAUGGACGAAAUCCCGAAAAUAUUCACAAUUGUCAUUAAUACAGGGGAAAAAGUCGUCGUAACAAGCUCGACGGAUCCUAGAUUCGGCGACCAUGACAGGCACAAAUUCGGGACGUACGUACGAAAUCUCGUCCUCCAUCCUACGAAAACCCACAAAGGACAUGUGCAGGGCAUCAUUGCCCUUCUAAACAAGGACGUCAAAGGACUCACCCCGAAAGAAGAAAUAUUUUUAGACAUAAUAGGGGACUACUGCUCGUUAUGUUGCAUACACUGGCAAUACGAAAUUCGAAUCCUCAAACAAAAAUGGUCAAUAAUCGAAUUGAAAACAUUACUGAACCACAACCUGGCACCGUGUCAUCACGAAACCAAGCUGUACAUCGAAAAUCUCAAAACUUUUAGUGUACCCGAAGGAUUUGAUUCUCUCACUUGGUAUAUACACCCCGAGGAAGUUGAUUCCAUACCGCAAUUGGUCUACUAUAUGAUGGACGACCUGAUGGGCUCAGAACUAUUAAGCAAAGAAUGUCUUGCACAAUAUAUUUUGAAGGUACGGUCGGCAUACCGACAGGUCACCUUCCAUAAUUUCCAACACGCGUUCAACGCUGCCCAUUGCAUGUACACGAUUAUAAAGAGGAAUAUGAACGUGUUUACUGAAAUGGAGAAGAAAGGGCUCUUUCUGGGUGCUCUAUGUCACGACGCUGAUCAUCCAGGUUUAAGCAAUAACUUUUUGAUGUUGAUAAAGAGUAGGACGGUGCUCCUAUACGACGGGGAAUCGCCCUUAGAGAACCACCAUUACUACGUGACGAUGGCGAUAUUGCAAGAGACCAAAAUCUUCAAAAACCUCGACGAAAAGUCGUAUCGUGACAUGGCGCUCGAAAUACGAAAAACGAUCAUAUCCACGGACCUCGCAGUUCAUUUCCGAUUGAGGAACGAAUCGUUUCAGCUCAUGUUUGAAAACUUCAACUUCUCAGAAAUCAAGCAUAGAGAUUAUUUGAAAUGUUACGUGACAACUGCUUGCGAUUUGUCGGGGAAUUCUAAGAGCUUUUCUGUAGUCAAGAAACUGACGGACAAUCUGCUCCAAGAAUUCUACCACGAAGGCGACACGCAGAAAUCAAUGAAUGUGAAACCGUUGUCGUUGAUGGACCGGGAACAGUACGACUACGUGCCCAAAGAUCAAGUGCUCUUUUUGGAAGUGGUUGUACUGCCAUGUUUGGAAGUUUUGGCUGAAGUAUUGCCGAACACUGAGGAACUCCUGAGGCAGACUUUGAAAGUUAGACAAAAGUGGAUUGUAAUUCGUGACAGAGGCAUCGAAUACUGGAGAUACAUAAGUCGGAGGCCGGGCGGGAGUAUGGAAGCAAGAGACACUGAACCCAUUAGUACACCUGAACCACAUUGAUACAUGUUUUACUGUAUUGCUUUAUUUACUCGCGAUAUUCAAUAAGUAUACCCUUUUCCACCGCUCAAAAAGAAAAUAUACAAAU